AAGUGGUUUCUCCCUCAUGGCUGACCCACCCAGAUGAAGGAGCUCUGCUCUGGAGGAGAACACCCCCUCCCGGUGGGGAAAAUCACAAACUGGAUCCCAUUUGGAGCAGAAUGGAUGCUAAGACGAUCUGAACCGGGGGAUGUUUAUAAAUAGACGCCUGCUGGUGAUUCAUCAGCUGCUCGUAUUCCCUGGAGGUGAAGCUGCAUUAACUCGGCCGCCACUGGAUACAGAUGACGGGCCGCUUCGCCUUGAGGUCCUCCUGUAAUUCUGAUGGAGCUCCGACACGAACAACACUGAGAAACGACAAAUCGGAUCCGGAGAGCAACAGGCCAGUUAGAUCCGGUUCGGAAGAAGAGGGGACCCGUGGCGGCGGCAUGUUCUGAUCGGGGAGCCCGAAGAGCGGCUGCGGCUGGCGGGAUGAGGGCUCCGAGGAGACCGAGGCAAACGCUGCUCCUUCCCCGGUUCUGUGUCGGUGGAGUGGGUCUGCUCGCAGCUUUCUGGGUCUUUCACCUCAGUGAAAUUACAGGUUCUCAUGGCCAAACUGGGGAGAAGUGCAUACAUUUAUCUAAAAGAGAUCUCAUUCAGCAGGCAGAAGACAACCAGAAUGGCAGUAUUUCUAGAUCUGCUAUACAUGAGUUCCCAGAGGACAUCUUUACUCUGGUUCAGAGGAGGCAGGGAGCCGUGCUCCUGCAUGUUCUCUGUGCUAUCUACAUGUUUCAUGCUCUGGCCAUUGUGUGUGAUGUUUACUUUGUGCCAUCACUGGAAAAAGUAUCAGAGAACCUUCAGCUCAGUCAAGAUGUUGCCGGGGCAACCUUCAUGGCAGCUGGGAGCUCCGCCCCUGAACUCUUCACCUCUCUGAUUGGUGUGUUCAUCACAAAGGGAGAUGUUGGUGUGGGGACGAUUGUGGGAUCAGCUGUUUUUAACAUCCUGGUCAUUAUUGGUCUCUGUGGCAUUUUCUCUGGACAGCCCAUCUCUCUGACCUGGUGGCCUCUCUUUCGCGAUGCUCUUUUUUACAUCCUGUCCAUACUGGUGCUUAUUCUGGUGAUCUAUGAUGAAAAGGUCCUGUGGUGGGAGACCAUCAUCCUGAUCUCCAUGUAUGGGAUCUACAUAAUCAUCAUGAUGUUCAACAGACGCCUGUGUUGCCUGGUGGAGAGACACUGCAGCGUGGACGGUCAGCCGUGUCUGAGCAGUCUGCGGCGGACGACCGCGGUUGGAAAUGUUGGAGACAGUGAAAAUGACAUGGUGCCACUGAAGCCAGACUCGUGUGUGGUGGCUGGUCAAGACUCAGCCGUGUUGACGGCGGAUGAGCUACUGAACCUUCGCUCUCAGCUCACCUUUUCAGAGAGGCAGAGGCUUAUUCGAACUCGGGUGAGCCCAGAGGAGGGCGCAGGUCCGGGGGUGGAAGGGUCGGGUGGAACCUGGGGGAGAGAAAACGGGGCGGCAGCUGAGGGAGAAAGGCAGGAGGGAGAGAGGGAGGCAGGUAAGGAAUCAGGGGCAGAGACUGGUGAGGGCGCACAGCUGAAAGAGGAAGAGGAGGAAGAGGAAGACCAAGAGGAAGGAGAGGAGGAGAACUCUCCUUUCAAACCCUUCAUCCUGCCGGAUGGCUGGUGUGUUCGGCUGAAGUGGCUCCUGUCCUGGCCUCUGAGUUUCCUGCUGCACUGCACUAUCCCAGACUGUAACCUGCCGCGAUGGGAGCGCUGGUACCUGUUCACCUUCCUGUCCUCCACUCUCUGGAUAGCCCUCUUCUCCUACCUCAUGGUCUGGAUGGUAACCAUAAUCAGCUACACGCUUGGGAUCCCAGAUGUCAUCAUGGGCAUCACUUUCCUCGCAGCUGGCACCAGUGUUCCUGACUGCAUGGCCAGUCUCAUUGUCGCCAGGCAAGGGAUGGGCGACAUGGCCGUGUCCAACUCUAUCGGGAGUAAUAUCUUUGAUGUGCUGCUGGGCCUUGGCUUCCCCUGGGCGCUGAGGACUCUGAUAGUCAGCUAUGGAUCAGUGGUGACAAUCAACAGUAAAGGCCUGGUGUAUUCUGUCAUUCUGCUGCUGGCCUCAGUCACACUCACUGUCCUAUGUGUCCAUUUGAACCGCUGGAAGUUGGACCGCAGGCUGGGCCUCUGUCUUCUGCUGCUUUAUGCCAUCUUCCUUCUCUGCUCCGUCGCUUUUGAAAGGCUGUAGAGCAGGAAAAGAGACAAACCAUAAACAAAGACAGCAAAGUCUUUUAUUCUGAUAAACGAAGCCAGACCUGCUGACUUUCUUCCAACGAUCGUACAGAUAAGCCACCAAGGAAGGCCAGGAUUCAGCUCCACAGAAGUCUGGUUGAAAGACUACUGUCUUUCCAAGUUCUGAAUCAAGAUGCUUCAUAUUCAGGACUAAAGUUCUGAGACUGACAGAAAUGGGUUUUUCACCAGCUUUACUGUUUUCCAUGCUGUAAGAUCUUUUUGACCAUUUUUAUUUCAGUAUAUCGAAGUUUAACUACAAACAUUUCAGAGGUUUCAAAGGCUUUUGAUGAAAAAUGCACCCAGUUUAUCGACCUUUCUUUUUUAAGUCUUCUAAAAUUCACCCUGAAGCACCGGAUAUCAGCUUGUGGGCCAAAUCUUGACUGAUGGUGACCCUUUGUAGCUUUAUCAGUGCUUGGAUUUUGUUCCAGUUUUAUGAUUUUUGUUUACUUCCUCUUGGAGAAUGACCUAAAGUUCUGAUUUGGAUCAAGAUUUGAAGCGUUUCCUGACCUUGGACCUAAAUUUUCAACAUUUUGAUUGUUGAACCACUUAGCAAUCACUUUAAUGUAUCAUUGUGUUAAAAAAAAAAGAACUGUUCAAGACCAAAAUGUUCCUGUUCCUGGAUCGUUGAGCAAAGUUGCUCUUGGAGACAUACAUAAAUGUAGCCCAAAUAGUUAGGAAAUUUGUGUUUGGUUUCUUAUUUAUUUGUUGUAACAAUGCUUCCUGGUAAUGAAAGCUUAUAGAUGUGUUUAUUUCCCUUAAGUAAAUUGCAUUUAUGGGUUGAGCAGCAGAGUUGGAUGUGACCAUGAAGAAUUUUCCAAAACCUCUACCAAUGCCAAAGGUUGGAUGAUUGAAGUAUGAAAAAAACUAGACAUGUUGACAAUUUAACAAUAUAUUAAUUUUACAUACAUGGGCCUCAGAAGGGUGUGGGAGAACUCUACACAACCUCAACAGCCCGGCACCUCCUCAUGCUGGUCUCCAGCUUGGUCACACACUGCUGUGGGACAGCAUCCCAUUCUUUAAAGCGCAUUUGUAGCCAGUUUGGCUGCGUUGGUCACCCCUGGCACUAACAGCUUGCCCAAGCUGAUCUCACAAGUGUUCAGUGGGGUUAAGGACAGGACAGCAGGCAGGCUUUUCCAUCCUCUCCACUUCCAGAUUCUGGUGGUAGUCUCUGAUAAAAACCUGCUCUGUGGUGGCGUUGAGGAGCAUUGAAAUCUUGGAGGAUAGAGCUCAGUUCUUUAGAGUGGAGCUAUAGAAAACUCAUCUCAAUAUCUCUCCGAAUUGAGAUUGCCUCCAAUGAUAGGAGCUAUAUAUCAAAGUGUUUGCAAUAUCAUGGACUUUACAAAUUCAACUAGUAAAAACUCCCUAAGUUUGUUUCCGCCAGUAAGGGAGAUGCCACUCUGCAACAUCACACUGCCUCCAAUAAAAGCUGUUUGGCAUUGGUGGAGAGGGCAGGUUUUUAAUGGACGACAUCCACAUCCUCAUCCCCUUUGCUUAACAAAUGCAUUUUCCUUGGGGCACAAUUUAAACAGAAAUAAACAGGCUUUCCAACA